CGUGAUGUAAUCACGCCAGUCACUGCGUCGAAGGGCGGCUCCGGGGACUGCAGUCCAGCUGGUCCGGACUGCCGCCCACUCCGUCCCAGCCGCCGCUCGCCACGCAGGCUACCGCGGCCACCCACUUCUUCCCCGCCAGCACAGACACCUGGAUUCCUCGGCGACCCCUGACAGCAUCCUCUCUGAUCUACUGGCGACCCCUGACAACCGUCCCAGACAACCGGUAACUCUUGACAACCGCCCCCAGCAACCCCUUAACUCCAGACAUCUGUCCCAGCCUCCGGGAGCCCGCCCUGGCAACCGCUCCAGCAUCCCCUUAACUCCUGACAACCACCCCAGACUCCGGGAGCCCCUGGCAACAGUUCCAGCAGCCUGUAUCCCAGCAUCCCGGGUAGACUCUAGCAACCGCCCCCUUCGCAUCCACUCCCGGGGCGCACCAUGAAGCGCGGGGGUGGAGGUGGCGGCCGCGGCGGCUGGGGCUGGGGCCGAGGCGGUGGCGGGAAAGGCGGCGGCGACUCGGGAUCGGGGUCCAAGGGUGGCUUCGGGUCGCGCAACCGCAGCUACGGAGGCGGCGGUGGCGGCGGCCGGGGCCGGGGGCGCGGCGGCGGUGGCGGUGGCGGCGACGGCCGGGACAACAGGGACCGCGGAGGCGGAGGAUCCCGGCGGGGCGGCGGCCAGGGUAAGAACAAGAACCGGCGCCGGAAGGGCAUCAGCGUGUCGGUGGAGCCGCACCGGCACGAGGGCGUGUUCAUCUACCGCGGCGCCGAGGAUGCCCUGGUGACGCUGAACAUGGUCCCGGGGCUGUCGGUGUACGGCGAGCGGCGCGUCACGAUCACCGAGAACGGCGUGAAGAACGAGUACCGCACGUGGAACCCGUUCCGCUCCAAGCUGGCCGCUGCCAUCCUGGGCGGGGUGGACCAGAUCCACAUCAAGCCCAAGUCCAAGGUGCUGUACCUGGGCGCAGCCUCGGGGACCACGGUCUCCCACGUCUCCGACAUCAUCGGCCCCGACGGCCUGGUCUACGCCGUGGAGUUCUCCCACCGCGCUGGCCGCGAUCUGGUCAACGUGGCCAAGAAGAGAACCAACAUCAUCCCGGUCCUGGAAGACGCUCGGCACCCGCUCAAGUACCGCAUGCUCAUCGGCAUGGUGGACGUGAUCUUCGCCGACGUGGCCCAGCCCGACCAGUCCCGCAUCGUGGCUCUGAACGCCCACACCUUCCUGCGCAACGGGGGCCACUUUCUCAUCUCCAUCAAGGCCAACUGCAUCGACUCCACCGCCUCGGCCGAGGCGGUGUUUGCUUCCGAGGUGAGGAAGUUGCAGCAGGAGAACUUGAAGCCCCAGGAGCAGCUCACCCUGGAGCCCUAUGAGAGGGACCACGCGGUGGUCGUUGGAGUCUACCGUCCCCUUCCCAAGAGCAGCAAGUAAUGGCCCCUUCCCAAGAGCAACCAGUAGCGCCCCCUCCCCAAGAGAAGCAAGCAGCGCCCCUUCCCAAGAGCAGCCAGUAGUGCUCCCUCCCCAAGAGAAGCAAGCAGCGCCCCUUCCCAACAGCAGCAAGCAGUGCCCCCUUCCCAAGAGCAACAAGUAGCGCCCCCUUCCCAAGAGCAACAAGUAGCCUCCUCCCCAACAGCAGCAAGCAGCGCCCCUCCCCAACAGCAGCAAGCAAGCCUCCUCCCCAACAGCAGCAAGCAGCGCCCCCUCCCCAACAGCAGCAAGCAAGCCUCCUCCCCAACAGCAGCAAGCAGCGCCCCCUCCCCAACAGCAGCAAGCAAGCCUCCUCCCCAACAGCAGCAAGCAGCGCCCCCUUCCCAACAGCAACAAGUAACGCCCCUCCCCAACAGCAGCCAGUAGCGCCCCCUUCGCAAGAGCAGCAAGCAGCGCCCCCUCCCCAACAGCAGCAAGCAGCGCCCCCUUCCCAACAGCAGCCAGUAGCGCCCCCUCCGCAACAGCAGCAAGCAGCGCCCCCUUCCCAACAGCAGCAAGCAGCGCCCCCUCCCCAACAGCAGCAAGUAGCGCCCCCUCCCCAGCAGCACCCAGCAGCGCUCCCUUUCCAACAUCAACAAGUAGCGCCCCCUCCCCAACGGCAGCAAGCAGCGCCCCCUCCCUGAGAGCAACAAGUAGCGCCCCUUCCCAACACAGCCAGUGGCAGCAGCCACCGCUUGCCGCCCCAGCAAGAUUGCCUUGUGUCUUUGUGUCUGUUGUGAUGUGUUGUUUUACUGUUAAAUGAGAUAAAGGAUUCAAGUACAUCGUGAGACCCUGUUAUGUUUUGUGGCUAUAAUAAAUAAAAUCACUUUCCCA